GUCAAUUUCUGUCGCUCGCUUGGAGGGUUCACAUUUCUAAUUUCCAUGGUACAGGAUUCGGACGACAGUUUGAGAUACUUCCCCUGGGACUGGACAAUCGAAUCCCUUGACCAAACAACCCACAAAUGCCCCUCAGUCUCCUCCCUACUAGGGACUUUCGCUAUCGUCAACGGAGUGGUUAGUCUUCUCGCAGUAUUCUUCGGCCACCGUCUCGUAGUCAAAAAGCUCACUUGCGGGUUCUUUGGAAAAAGAGGAAGCAGGGCGUGGACCUGGAUGUGGAUAUUACCCGUUGGGCUACAGCUAGCAGCAAAUGCGUUCAUUGCGCUGUUGAUUAAGAAGUCGACGGGGUAUACAGCAGAUUUCAAGAUUUCCGAGCUUAUGCUAUUCCUUGUGGCUCGGCCACGACUAAGCUGGAUCGUGCUCGGUGCAUUUGCGUUCAAGAGUACUAAGAAUCGGCCGGAGAAGGAAAAGAUCAAACCAACAACGCCGAAUUUAGAUGAAUACCAGCCUACGUCGCAUCCAUAUGAACAAUCGUGGCAUGAGAGCUCAAACCCGUCGUUCACAUCGUACUCGUCACAAACCCCACUAUUUACACAUCCACACCCACCCCCACAACACCCCAACUAUCCCUACUAUCAUAACACCACACUAUACCCACCCCUCCACGACACCUCUCACACCUCAUACCACCGCGUCCUCGACGAUGAGAUGGAAUCGUCCCGCUCCCCUUCUACCUCCCGCGGCCACGGCUACUUCUCCGGCUCCCGCGACUUCCCCUGGUGGUCUGCCUUCAUGUCGCAAUUCAUCGGCGAAUUCAUACUUCAAAUCAUAACGCUCUACCUGAUGGGCCGAACUGCGCAUUUCGCAACCCUCCACGGUUACUACAAGGUCUCGUCGGACGCAUACUGGGCAUUACCGCCUGCAGCCAGGAUGAUGUAUUCGGGCGCGUUGUACUAUUUAGUGGGCGGGGGAUUGUUUCUGAUAUUUGCGGGCCUGUUUAUUGUGUAUAGUGUUUGUUCGAGCAGGAUCAAGUAUUUUGGGAAGGCGAGUUCGACGGGGAUAUUUCUAGCUUUGGCGGUACUGCUGAUAAGCACCUGGAUGGGGAGUUGGAUUUUUUGGGCGGGGUUUGUGAGGCUAGCAGGGAAUCUGUAUUGUCCACCGAAGUUGAUCCAUCAGGGUGUCAUUUGGACGUUUUUCUCAACUAUUGGGAUUGUGCUUGGGACGGGCAUAUAGCUUACCCUGCCCUCCUACGAACAAACCCAUGUACGUUGCUUCUUCCCCAUCACGAUCUCUAGAGAGGGAGGGAUUCCGAGCAGGAUUGUGGGUAUAGAGCCGAAGCGGAAGCUGGAGGAGAGGCAAUUGGUGUCUGAGGUACAAGCAGCUUCCUAGCUAGAAAAUCGCC